AUGUCUGGAAGAGGUAAAACAGACAGGAAGGCCAGAGGGAAGGCAAAGACCCCCCCGUCCCUCGCCGGGCUCCAGUUCCCUGUUGGUCGUGUUCACAGGCUGGUGCGUAAAUGCAACUACCCAGAGGGUGUUGGUGCCGGCGCACCCGUCUACAUGCCAGCCAUGCUGGAGUACCUGACCCCUGAGAUCUUGGAGCUGGCUGGAAACGCCGCCCACGAUAACAAGAAGAGUCGCGCCUACACCCCCGAGGGACGAUUGUUUUCGCUUUCAACCCUGGAAAUGCAGGCCAUAAAGGAUUAUGUGGAUUCUGCCUGGGGAGGAGGAUGGACGGAUAAGUCCUACAUAAGCAGAGCUGUAUUCAUCAGCUCAAGAGACAAACACAACAAGAGAUAA